AUGGGAAAACCAAGUUUGAAGAUCAAAAGGCUGCCUUUAAUGGCAGUUGCAUGUACAGUAAUGUUGUUCGUUGUAUAUAGGACUUUAAAGUAUCAAUAUAAUCAAGAAGAGAUAGACAAAAGGCGGAGUAUCCGGAGAGAUGUAGAGCCACAUGCGGCUCAUUCUGGAAUGUUAAAAGGCUUGCCACGAGGUAUAAUACACGCCACUUCAGAUUUGGAGCUAAGGCCUUUAUGGUUGCCAAAUAAUUUAAGAUCAAAGGAUAAUGUUUACUCGAACCGUAGCUUGUUGGCAGUUUCAGUUGGUAUCAAGCAAAAGAAAAAUAUAGAUGCUAUGGUGCGAAAGUUUCUCGCAGGAGGUUUUACAAUUAUUUUAUUCCAUUAUGAUGCCAAUGUGGAUGGAUGGAAGGAUCUUGAUUGGAGUAGCAAGGCCAUACAUAUAGCUGCUAAAAAUCAAACAAAGUGGUGGUUUGCAAAAAGAUUUCUAAGUCCAGAUAUAGUUUCUAUUUAUGAUUACAUCUUUCUCUGGGAUGAGGAUUUGGGGGUCGAAUAUUUUUCUCCAUUGAGAUAUGUUAAGAUUGUAAAGGAAGAAGGGCUGGAGAUAUCUCAACCAGCACUUCAUCCAAAUUCGACAGAGAUACAUCACAGAUUAACAGUCAGAGCUAGGACCAAGAAAGUGCAUCGACGAGUCUAUGAACUCAGAGGUAAAACUAAGUGUUCAGAUGAAAGCGAUGGACCUCCGUGCACUGGGUUUGUCGAAGGUAUGGCUCCUGUUUUCUCUCGAGCGGCAUGGUAUUGUACUUGGCAUCUUAUACAGAAUGACCUUGUACACGGAUGGGGAAUGGAUAUGAAACUAGGAUAUUGUGCUCAGGGAGAUCGUAGUCAAAACGUGGGUGUUGUCGAUAAGGAAUAUGUUGUUCACAAGGCGAUACCAACUCUUGGUGGUAACAAUCCUGCUAUAACCAAAAAACGCGGCUCAACAGGAAUUGAUAUGAGAAUGGAGAUUAGACGACAGUCAUCAUGGGAACUUGAAAUCUUCAAAGAGCGCUGGAAACAAGCUGUUGCCCAUGACAAAAGUUGGGUUCAACCAUUUAAGAGUGAUGAAAGCCGCAUAUGA